CGGGCUCUGAUUUCACCAAAACAUUUCUCCUAUAAGCUGUUGUUUCUUUAUGUUUGGUGGGGCAUGGAAACGUGGUCAUCCACUUAAGUUGGCAUCAGUAUAUUAUCAGAUUUGUUUGAUGAUGGAGAAAUGUCUGGUCAGAAAUACAGGUGUCGUGGCGCGCUCCCAGGUGCCUCCAAAAUAUGAUCAAAAGUAUGGACAAUGCAAAGAAGAAGAAAAAGUGCGUGGACCAAUGAACUUGGCUACUGACGGCUGGAGUCUGCGCCAUUUGAGAGGUGAUUUGUUCUCCUGCCCUGCUGGUGAGUCUCUGGCCCAUUGCAUCAGUCAGGACUGCCGCAUGGGAGCUGGCAUAGCAGUGUUGUUUAGGAAGAAGUUUCAUGGCGUGGAGGAGCUCAAAAAACAGCACAAGCUUCCAGGCCAGUGUGCAGUGCUUGAAAGAUCUGGGCGUUAUAUCUACUACUUGAUUACAAAGGAAAAGUACUUCCACAAGCCUACUUAUGACACCCUGAGACAGAGCCUGCAGGCCAUGAAAGUUCACUGUUUAAGCAAUGGAGUCACCCAUGUGUCAAUGCCCAGGAUUGGCUGUGGCCUGGACCGUCUAAAGUGGGAGAAAGUGUCUGAAAUCUUAGAGGAAGUCUUCUGGCAGACAGAUAUUCAAAUCACUAUAUACUCAUUGUAGUCCUCCGCAUACAGGUGGUACUCAAAUUUUGCUCUUGUCCUUUUCGUGGCACCAUUACACAGCUCACAGUUCUUCAUAAUUUUCUGUUUAAUGUGUCUCAAAACCAAAUGUAAUGUUCUUGGCAGUGAUUCCACAUUUUGGUUACAAUUUCAAGGAAGCUCUUAAAUCUGAGGAUUCAGGUCCCACUCAUAACAUCAGUCAUGUCAGUUUUGUGUUACAUUCAAACAACUUAAUAAGGGUUCUGGACCACUAUGAUUGCUUUAGGUAAUGGGUCUUGGAGGAUAAAAAGCCUUUAAUAUUUUCAGUCAUUCCGCAUACCCUCUAAUACUUAGUGGUCCAUUAAACUGGUAUCCAGGGUAUAUUGUUUCUUUUGUUCCUCCUAGAAAAUGAUUGCUCUUUUCUGUUGACAAGCAGUCAAACAGGUCUAAUGUGCGUUCAGGGUCUUACCCCAAACAGCGACUGUGUGUCUCUGUUUUUGCCUUGGUCCUUUCUCAGUGUUGUCAACUUUAUUACUUUGAUGAUAAGAAUAUUUUGUCUUGAAUAAAAAGAUUACACUA